ACAGUGACAAGGAGAAAGUGAGGAAAUGGAAAGAAGCUUUGAAGAAAUUAGCUGCUAUUUCUGGUGAAGACUCACGAAAUUGGUCGAUUUCAAGCUCAUUGCUUCAUGGAGAAUGUGAAAGAAGUCUGUAACAGAUACGGAGUUAGGCGUUUACAAGAGGAGUUUUUAUGCAGAAUGUUUCGAGAGAGACAUAAAGAAGCGUGGGGCUCGGUGUCUUGUUGCAGCAUGAUAAGGGAAAGGUUCAGGCACAAAAGGGUCUUGAUUGUGCUUGACGAUGUAGAUAGAUCUGAGCAAUUGAAUGAAUUGGUGAAGGAGAUUGAUUGGUUUGGUCCGGGAAGCAGAAUUAUCGUGACAACACGGGAUAGACAUUUGCUACUUUCUCAUGGAAUAGAUUUGGUAUAUAAAGUGAAGUGUUUACCCAAAAGAGAAGCUCUCCAGCUCUUUUGUAACUAUGCUUUCAGAGAGGAGAUUAGAAUUCCACAUGGGUUUCAGGAGUUAUCGGUUCAAGCUAUUAACUAUGCUUCUGGCCUUCCACUGGCUCUAAGAGUUUUAGGCUCCUUCCUUUAUCGAAGAAGCCAAAGAGAAUGGGAAAGCACUCUUGCUAGGCUUAAAACUUACCCUCAUAGUGAUAUCAUGGAAGUUCUGAGAGUUAGCUACGACGGAUUGGAUGAGCAAGAGAAGGCAAUUUUUCUCUAUAUAUCAUGUUUCUAUAACAUGAAGCAUGUUGAUUAUGUCACAAAACUUCUGGAUAUUUGUGGCUUUGCUGCUGAAAUUGGUAUCACGAUUCUUACCGAGAAGUCUUUGAUAUUUGUAUCAAAUGGAAACAUAAAGAUGCAUGAUUUGCUUGAACAGAUGGGUAGAGAGAUUGUUCGUCAACAAGCAGUUAACAACCCAGCCCAACGGUUACUUGUAUGGGAUCCUGAAGACAUCUGUGAUUUGCUGUCAGAAAAUUCUGGAACACAACUUGUUGAAGGAAUUUCUCUGAACCUCUCUGAAAUUUCUGAGGUAUUUGCUAGUGAUCGAGCUUUCGAGGGAUUGUCUAAUCUCAAGCUUCUUAACUUCUAUGAUCUUUCAUUUGAUGGAGAGACUAGAGUGCAUCUACCUAAUGGCCUUAGUUAUCUCCCACGCAAGCUUCGUUAUCUCCGUUGGGAUGGAUACCCUUUAAAGACUAUGCCUUCAAGAUUUUGUCCUGAGUUUCUUGUUGAACUUUGUAUGAGUAAUAGCGAUCUUGAAAAACUUUGGGAUGGGAUCCAGCCUCUUACGAACUUGAAGAAGAUGGAUCUUUCUCGCUGUAAAUACCUUGUCGAAAUUCCUGAUCUCUCAAAAGCCACAAAUCUGGAGGAACUAAACCUUUCCUAUUGCCAAAGCUUGGUUGAGGUUACUCCAUCUAUCAAGAACCUUAAGGGACUUUCUUGCUUCUACAUGACUAAUUGCAUCCAACUCAAGAACAUUCCGAUUGGAAUAACUUUGAAGUCACUUGAAACAGUGCGAAUGAGUGGAUGCUCAAGUCUAAUGCAUUUUCCAGAAAUUUCUUGGAAUACUAGAAGACUCUAUCUGAGCAGUACAAAGAUAGAGGAACUGCCAUCAUCAAUUAGUCGUCUCUCUUGUCUGGUUGAAUUGGAUAUGUCAGAUUGCCAGAGACUCAGGACCCUUCCAAGCUAUCUAAGGCACUUGGUCUCACUGAAAUCCCUGAAUUUGGAUGGUUGCAAACGUCUUGAGAACCUCCCAGGCACAUUACAGAACCUAACAUCUCUUGAAACGCUUGAAGUAUCUGGUUGCCUUAAUGUCAACGAGUUCCCUCGUGUCGCCACGAAUAUAGAAGUUCUGCGUAUAUCUGAGACAUCAAUUGAAGAAAUUCCUGCAAGGAUCUGUAAUCUCUCUCAGCUUAGGUCCUUGGAUAUUUCAGAAAACAAAAGACUUAAAUCACUUCCGUUAAGCAUUUCUAAGCUAAGAUCACUUGAAAAGCUCAAGCUUUCUGGAUGUUCUGUACUCGAGAGUUUUCCACCAGAAAUUUGUCAGACAAUGAGCUGCUUGAGGUGGUUUGAUUUAGAUAGGACUAGCAUUAAAGAACUACCUGAAAACAUUGGGAAUUUAGUAGCUCUUGAGGUGCUUCAAGCCAGUAGAACAGUGAUAAGGCGAGCACCACGGUCUAUUGCACGACUUACCCGUCUUCAAGUUUUAGCGAUUGGGAAUAGUCUCUAUACUCCAGAAGGUUUGUUGCAUUCUCUUUGUCCUCCCUUAGCAAGGUUUGAUGACUUGAGAGCUCUGAGCCUAAGCAACAUGAACAUGGUAGAGAUCCCUAACAGUAUUGGUAACUUAUGGAAUCUACUAGAAAUAGAUUUGAGUGGGAACAGUUUCGAAUUCAUCCCCGCAAGCAUCAAACGGCUCACCAGGUUGAACAGACUGAAUUUAAACAAUUGUCAGAGACUUCAAGCAUUGCCCGAUGAGCUUCCACGAGGUCUCUUGUAUAUCUACAUCCAUAACUGCACAUCCCUAGUGAGUAUCUCAGGUUGCUUCAACCAAUAUUGUCUGCGCCAGUUUGUAGCUAGCAACUGUUACAAAUUGGAUCAAGCAGCGCAGAUUCUCAUUCACUGUAACAUGAAGCUAGAGUCAGCAAAACCAGAACACUCUUAUUUUCCUGGAAGUGACAUACCCAGUUGCUUCAAUCACCAAGUCAUGGGUCCUUCGCUGAAUAUACAGUUACCUCAGAGUGAAUCAUCGUCUGACAUUCUGGGAUUUUCUGCCUGCAUCAUGAUUGGAGUUGAUGGACAGUACCCGAUGAACAAUCUGAAGAUACACUGCUCUUGUAUUUUAAAAGAUGCUGAUGAUUGUGAGCUGGUUGUUAUGGAUGAGGUGUGGUAUCCUGAUCCAAAAGCUUUCACAAACAUGUGUUUUGGAACAGAUCACCUUCUCUUAUUCAGCAGAACCUGCAUGUCCAUGGGAGCUUACAAUGAAGCCUUGUUUGAAUUCUCAAUCGAAAACACAGAAGGAGAUUCUUUUAGCCCGCUUGGAGAGGUUAAAAAAUGUGCAGUGCACCUUAUAUCAUUUAAAGACAUGAUGCAAGAGUUCUCUAAUGACUCUGACAAAAUUCAGAAUUCUGAUUUGGAUCUUUCAAAGGCAUUUGAUGACGCAAGACUUUUGAAAAGAAGAGCAUAUGAAACUGAGCUCUUGCAUAAGGAGCAACCAAGAUCCAAGAGGAUCAAGUUUCUUCCAGUUCAUUUGGCUUGAGAGCGACAUUCCAAAUUACAUCAGCGAAAUGUCAUACGAAAGUAAAAAAAAAAAAUCACUUGUUGCCUUGUAUACAUAAUUAUAUAUUGAUUGAUUCAUAUAUUUUGAUAGCAUACCAUGAACUUGAUCUUUGAAGAA